CUACUCAUCUCAGGUAAUUGUUUGUUGAACAAUUUAAUCAAUUAAUUUCUCCAACAAUCAGUCGAGUUAAAAUCGGCAAAGUGUCAACCGAUUGUAAUUGAAUUGAUGGUGUUGAGCAUAAAUGGAAUCAACUGAUUGACUUAUAUGCUUUUUAUGCUUUUAUUUUUGAGAGCAAAAAAGUCUCAACGUGUAAAAGGCUGGACAAGAAUCAAAACAUUGAUCUAAUUACAAUUAAUAGUGUUUUCUUUUUUGAUUGAUUAUAUUUUCUUUUGUGAUAUUUAUCAGUUUACAAUUUUCCAUUAUGGUUUCUGGUAAAGAGAUGGUUGAGGAACGAGAGGAAAAUACCGAAAAGUCCGUUGCUUUUGAAGUUUUACAGUUGAUCAAAGAAGCUCAAAGUCAACAUGGUUUGAAACAUGGAGAUUACCAUCGGUACAGAGGUUACUGUUCUAGGAGAUUGAGACGUAUAAGGAAAUCUCUGGGUAUUGUUCAAUCAUCUGGAACUCGCCAUAGGUCAACCUUUACUCCUAAAAGAGUGAAUAAUGAGAUGGUCAUUAGUGCGGAUAAGGCUAAAAAAGAUCCAAUUCGCUAUCUGUAUAUUCCAUUGAUGAACGCGGAAAGAUGUUGGAGCUAUGCUAUGGCUCUGAAACAAGAGGCCAACACUGAACCAAGGAAAAGGUUUCAUUUGAUUAGGAAAUUAAGGAAAGCAGUUAUUCAUGGACAGGAAUUGGAACGUUUAACCAACGAUGAGCCCAAUUUUUGCGAUGCCAAAACUAAACUUGAAACGCAAGCUUAUAGUGCUUAUCUUAGUGGUUUACAUUACUUUGAAACGGAACAAUGGGCCAAAGCUUCAGAUUAUUUGAAAAAAUCUCAAGCAAUUUAUGUUAAAUUGUGUGAAGUGGUGGUUGAUGAUGAAACCUCUGCCUGGUAUCGUCAGAAAGUUGAUGAACUUAAGCCAACACUCAGAUAUUGUGCCUUCAAUAUUGGUGAACAAGGAAUCAAAGCACAAGAUUUCAUUGAUACACUUAAAUUGGAAUCACCGGACUUUGAAGAUGAAUUCCUGUCUUCCAAAUUGGAUCAAUUAAUUUUACAAACUCGUGAACGACAAUCAGCAACCCUUAGUGAGGUCUCUUGGUUGGGUAAAACAUUUGCAGUGAAACAGGAAAAGAUCCGCUCAUUUUUACUCACUUAUCAAGAAUAUAAAUCGGUUGAUUUUAAGAAAAUGAGUCAAUUGGAGAAAUUAUUGUUCGAAUGUCGGGAUUGUAUUCAAUUGGUUCGCGAUGCAAAUCAAGAUAAAUCUCCACUCUAUUGUUAUCUUCUCUAUUUACGAUUAGACUUAACCCAUCGACGGAAUCUCUUCCUAAUCAAAGAAACUGACAAUCCUUCCGAUUUGAUUCGACCUUAUGAAGUUCUACUGGGUACUCUUAAUGACAUCAAAGCUUUACCCUUGCGACAAUAUUUCAAUUCGGAAGAUGAUAUCGACGAGCUAUUCAAUGAAGUUAAUAAUCGCUCGAUUGCAUACAAAGCACUUCGUUGUUAUUCAAUCGCUAAAGUGGGUAAAAUUGAUUGGAAAGAAGCGAUCGCUCUUCUAAACAAAUCAGCUCAAUAUUGUUCAGAAUAUUUAAAAUCGGAUCAUAAGGAUGAGGCAUUAAGAAAACAAAUCAAGGAACUUCAAACUAAAGCGAAUAGCGAAAAGUUCAAUAUCCAUGCUAAUAGUUUAAUCAAAGACACGGAGGCAGUACAAACGGAAAAAGAUCAAAAAUCGAAGAAGCCCGUUAUUGAAAGAUUGGACACUUAUCUAUCAGCGUCUGAAGUGACCUCGGGUAAUCUGAAAAUGACCGAUUUCCCACCUCAAUUUCGACCUAUUCCAAGCAAACCUUUGUUCUUUGACAUCGCUCAUAAUCACUUGAAAUUCCCGUCACUGGAAAGUGAGAUUGCCAAUCAAAAAUCAAGCGGUAUCACAGGUCUGGUUAAAGGUUGGCUUUGGAGAAAAUGAGAAAACAAUUUAACCAUUAAUAGUCCAAUAAUCAAGAAAACUUGAUUAUCAAAUGAUCAAUUCGGUGAAGUUAAUUUUUUUAAUAUAACAAUAUCCUAAAAGUAUAAUAAUAUAAUAACCUUAUCAAGAUAUUAUGAUGUAUCUGUAAACAAAUAAACAAAACAUUUUGGAUUGUAAA